ACACUCGUAUUCAGCACCACAAAGAAGGACGUAAAAGGCACUUAAAGGGUUAAGAACCACUCUGUCUAGUCAAUGCUACAGCUUGAAGUCAAGUGUUUCUGUGCGGAUCAUGUUGCUAUGGUGAUGCCCUAUGCUUGAUCUAAUUGCAAACAUCUUUUUGCAUCAUGGUGUGCUUACAUCCUGGGUUCCGUUUUAACAUCAUCUCAGCAAUGCGUACUAUAAUAUAGCUAACGCUCGGGGAAUUCCUUUUUUUGUCGACCUGACCUGCAUUUGCUUAGUUUGAAACGGUUGUGCUUUUCCUUUACCUUGCUGCUGGGAAUGCUGUACAUCUGGAACCUUAUUUUUAUUGAUUAUUUGCAUUCUGCUGCAUUUUGGAUUCGUGAAAAAUGCUUGUAAUGUUUCUGCAGUAUGUUUUCAAAGAGUUAGAUUCAAAAUGAAUGUGAAAGAGUUCUUAGCCAAAGCCAAAGAAGAUUUCUUAAGAAAAUGGGAGUGUCCACCACAGAGCACAACUGGUCUAGAUGACUUUGAGAGGCUAAAAACUCUCGGCACAGGCUCGUUUGGAAGAGUUAUGUUGGUAAAACAUAAAGGAAUAGACCAGUACUACGCAAUGAAGAUCCUGGACAAGCAGAAGGUGGUGAAGCUGAAGCAAAUAGAACACACAUUAAAUGAGAAAAGAAUAUUGCAGGCUGUGUCCUUUCCCUUUCUUGUCAGAUUGGAGUAUGCCUUCAAGGACAACUCCAAUUUAUACAUGGUGAUGGAAUAUGUUCCUGGUGGAGAAAUGUUUUCACAUCUUAGACGAAUUGGCCGGUUCAGUGAACCUCAUGCAAGAUUUUAUGCAGCUCAGAUAGUACUGACUUUUGAGUACCUCCAUUCACUAGAUCUUAUCUACAGAGAUCUCAAACCUGAAAACCUUCUAAUUGAUCAGCAUGGGUACAUCCAGGUCACAGACUUCGGCUUUGCCAAAAGAGUAAAAGGCAGGACUUGGACGUUAUGUGGAACACCAGAGUACCUGGCACCAGAAAUCAUACUCAGCAAGGGCUACAACAAAGCUGUGGAUUGGUGGGCACUGGGGGUUCUAAUCUAUGAAAUGGCAGCUGGCUACCCCCCAUUUUUUGCUGACCAGCCAAUCCAAAUCUAUGAGAAAAUUGUGUCUGGCAAGGUACGAUUCCCUUCUCACUUCAGCUCAGACUUGAAAGACCUCCUGAGGAACCUGCUGCAGGUGGACCUGACCAAGCGCUAUGGCAAUCUGAAGAAUGGCGUAAAUGACAUUAAAAACCACAAGUGGUUUGCCACAACGGACUGGAUUGCCAUCUAUGAGAGGAAGGUGGAGGCUCCUUUCAUACCAAAGUGCAGAGGCCCUGGAGAUACCAGCAACUUCGACGAUUAUGAAGAGGAGGACAUCCGUGUCUCUGUCACAGAAAAAUGUGCAAAAGAGUUUUCAGAAUUUUAGCACAAGAGUAGUGUUGCAUCAGGGCUUGUGUAUAUAUAUAUUGGGAUAUUUGCACUCUGCUUUAAAAUGGGGUGGAGCUGAGUCCAUCAUGUUCAUAUAAUUACCUUGUUCCUUCAUUCCACAAGGCUGAAUGAGGUCCUUAUUGCCAUUAUCCUUGUGUGCAGUUAUCUCUGACUCAUUCACUGGCACAUUUAAGCACUUCUUGUGCUGCAACACAAAGACCUAGACCACAUUCUUCUUUUCUCCCCCCUCUGUUUUUAAAGCAGUUGUCGCUGUCUUUAAAGUUGUUUUCCCCUUUUUUAAACCAAGUGUUUUUAAAUAAAUGGGAAAGUCUACAGUGAGCGAAACGGAAUUUUUGUUGGCACAUGUUAAAGUAAGCGGUUGUACCGGGAAGAAUUUCACUUGAUAUGUGAUGGGUAAUUGAAAGAAGGUGUUUCUUCCAGUUCUUCCCAGCUAACAGUUUGUCUGUUACAUGUUUUGAGAUUAUAUAUUUUAUAAGUUAAAAGAAAAUCCUUUUAGCUCAGACAAUAUUAUUGAAAUGCAUUGAGCAUCAUGCAGAAGGAGUACUUGCUCUUAAUGCAUUAAAGUAUACUGGUCAAAUAGCAUAAACCCCUUACGUGUUUAAACCAGUACCAAAUUUAAAAUGAAUGGAUUAAUAAAAUUCCCAGUGGUUUUUCCAAAACCAAAACUCCCAACAAACUUUAAGACUGAUGCUUAUCCUUUGAAAUAGCUGUGUACUACAGAGCUCUGUGCAUUUUAUUAAUAAUUAGGCAAACCUAAUUAUUAAGCAGGAAACCUUUAGUAGAUGUGCUUGCCAUUUGUAGCAGUGUUUUACAGGUUUGUCAACUCAUUGAAAGUUUCCUUUUAACUCCUUUUCCCAUGUAUCAAAAUAUGUUUGGCAAUUAAAACACGAUGAGACAUUUUCAAGUACACAAAUAUAGGAUUCUAUGAAGAAACAUAUAGGCCUUUUCGUUACUGAAUAGUACAAAAAUGCAAUAUUGCUAAAUUAAAUGGUCUCUUAUGAUUCAUAUAAUGUAUAUGAAAAAGGGUUACUUCCUAGUUUUACCAGUGGAACAGUGUUGGUAAAACUGGACUUGUGAUGUGCAUACACUUUUUUUUCCUCCAUCAUGUUAAUGCUUUUUUUUGUUUCGCAAGUUCUCAAGAGAGAUUGUAAAACUGCCAUAUUUUUGUUUUCAAUUUUACUUCAGCAUUUUUAGUUGAGUUUGUUAUGACAGAAUGUAGUGACAACUAGUAUAUAUCUAUGUUAAGUUAUAUUCACACACCAAGUAAAGCAAAUUUUCACAUGUUGACAUUUGUCAGCUUCUGCACCUUUCUGUCACAUUUAAUCCAAUCUUUGUUGAACUAAUUUCAUAAGACACAAUUGUUUCUUAUGUAUUUUUAUUUAUAUACAUCUUAGAGAAAGAAGCUGUUCAAUAAAUGUCAUUUUUAAAGGGUUAAAACAACUUAGUCCUUCCUCUUCUGAAAAUGUUUUUCAGUCUCAUUAACAUGAAGAUACCACAGUAUACCACUGAAAUGUAGUCACAUUUGUCAGUUGGUAUGACAUAACUGAUGACACUUUUUCCUAACCAUAACAAUGCAACACAAAAUAAAAUCAUUUGGAAAUGAUAGUACCUGUUUGUAGUCAAAUACAUUACAUUAUGAGCUCUACCAUGAUUCACUUAUGGAUUUAGUUUGUUGGAUAUAUUUUACAAUGUCAUUAGAAGGCUCACACUGACAGAAAUGUUGUCCUCUAGUAUUUACUUGUAUUUGCAAGGGAAGUAAAAAUACUUUGCUGUUGCAUAUUAUAUGUAACUAUAUAUAUAUCACAUUAAUAAAUUAAAAGGAAACCCUUUGUAUUAAAA